AAAACAAGUGAUUGCUUUUCUUUCCUCAUUUUUGGAAGCCCUGCCCACCACACAGCUGCAGUGGACAUCCCGGUUCCUUGAUGGACGAAGAAAGCCAACUGAUCCAGCCUCAAGACCAGAGCUGCUGGGCCACCCUGCCCGAUGUGUGCCUACGUUGUAUUUUCUGGUGGCUAGGAGACGAGGACAGGUCCAGAGCAGCCCUUGUCUGCAGAAAGUGGAACCAGAUGAUGUAUUCGGCUGACCUCUGGCGAUACAGGACCAUCACGUUUAGUGGGAGACCUUCCAGGGUACACGCGUACGAAUUUGAGUCGGCUGUUUGGUAUGUUAAGAAAUUUGGUCGUUAUCUGGAGCACCUGGAGAUCAAAUUCCUGAAUCCUUACAGCGUUGUCCUGACCAGGAAGUUCCAGGUCACCAUGCAAGGCCUUCUCUCGUGUCUGGGCAAGAGAAACAACCGUCUGAAAUCUCUCUCCAUCCAGCACCUGGAACUGGACCGCCUGGUCUGGAGGAACAGCAUCAGAAGGUUGUUCUUGAAAAGCUUGAGCUCAUUCUUGAACAAAAUGGGCAAACACCUGGGUUAUCUCAGCCUGAAAGGGGCUAGGCUCACCGUGGAGCAGGGCUGCCACAUCCUCGACUCCCUGAGCUGCUUAAGGAAAGAGAAUGUGGUGUCGGAGCUCAACAUCGAGGACUUCUUCAGCCACCACCUCGCUGUCUACAGCAGCCCCCAGUUCAACAAGACCAUGGCCACGUUCCGCAGCCUGGUGUCCCUGACCCUCAACUACAACUGCAUCUCCGAUGAGCUGCUGGAGAACCUGUGUGAGAACAAUGCCGGCACGCUCUGGAGCAUGAACAUCAAGUGCCACAUCCACGACCCCCACGGGCAGGUCGUCUGGGGCGUGUCCUGGGCCAAGCUGGCCAGGUAUGCCACCAACCUGAAGGUCAGCUUCUCCUUUGAGAAAGUCGUGAAGUAUAAACGCUUGGCCCGGAUCCUCCUGCACGAGAUCCCAAUCAGGAGCAUCAGUCUGAGAAACUGCUCAUUCAGCAGCCCCGACUGCUCCAUGAAGCCCACUCUGACGGAUCUCCUGCCCACCUUCCGGCACACUCUGCAGAAAUUAACUUUUGAGUUCAACAACAACCAUGAGUCUCUGGACGAGGAGCUGCACCUCCUCAUCUUAUCCUGCAGGGAGUUGUUUUCCUUCAAAAUCUGGGCUUUCCUUGAUGUUAAGUUUGUGGAGCAGAUCCUGAAGAGUCAGGAAGAAGGGCGGUGUGCCCUGCGCACACUCAAGGUGAGAAUUUAUACAAACAGAUAUGAGACGCAUGAAGAGGACAGGACACUGCGGGAAAUUUACAGGAAGUACAGAAGGCUGAUCGAUUCAGAGUUUAACUAUUUUGUCGUCGCUUACUCCAUGAUGUAAGGAGCGCUCUCCAGAGGAAGAAAGGCAAGAGCACUUUGAACUUGACAAUCCGAGCCUCACAGAAUGACACUUUGGGCAUCCCUUACCCCCACCCCUUUUUCUCCUCUCUCUCCUCAUUGCUAGUUUCACACCAACAUGACACCCCAGCAACGGCUGGGACUUCUGGUCAUGUGAAGACCCCAGGUGACUUUAAAGUGCUAUCUUUACCAACUA